GAUAAGUUGUCACCUAAAAGUUGCUUGGAUCAUUUGAAGCGAGGCUCGACAAGUGAUGGCUACUACAAAAUCUAUAACGAAGAAGACAACAGCUUGGACAGCGUGUAUUGCGAUAUGGUACCCGAGGUCGCUGCAGCCUGGACACUAGUAGAAUCAUUCAACAAGACCAACAAAGACGAAGAUCCGUUUAAAAAACACCCGUUUAAGACAAACGCCCCGGCAAACGAGAAAUCACCAAAUUUUAACCGGUACAGAAUGAGCCAGCCCCAAAUGAUGAGUUUGAAGGCGAAGUCAACCCACUGGAGAGCGACAUGUAGCUGGAAUGUCAACGGGAUUGACGGUCGUGAUCAGGCGAGAGGGAAUUUCAAAGAUUUUGAUAUCAUGACGUACAUUGGAAGUGGUCUCUGUAAACCGAUGGAAUAUGUCAACAUACGAGGUCACGAGUGUUCCCAGUGCACAGCAAAAUGGUGGGCUGUUCUCAACCUGCACAGCGUACAUAUUGACAGUUCAAUGGGUGGUUGUGAUUUCGUACCAACUGCUGGUUCUGUCCCAAGCGAGGAUAACUUUGGCUAUCCUAACUACAUCAACCCUGAAUUCCGUUGCAUGGCCACUGAUGCCUCGACCACAAACUGGUGGUUUGGAGGAUACCAAUGCAGUGAAUAA